AGGCAGUAUUAUGCUUAUAAAGACAUUUACCUUCACGUUCUGCUUCUCAAGGCUCACGUUUCUUCUUUUCUUCUUGGCUUUUCAUCAAGAAAAUGGCUGAAGUUUCAUUUUCUCCGCCGGCUAUGGUGGCGCAGCAGCGGUCAUCGUGGCACACGUCUGUGCCUUUCUUCUUUGGAGGCUUAGCGGCGAUGCUGGGCUUGAUAGCUUUCGCUUUCUUUAUCUUGGCUUGCUCUUCUUAUUGGAGAUUUUCGAGCAGUGAUCAAAAUGGUGAGAGGGAUUUGGAGAGUGGCGGAAAAGAGCAGGAGGAGGGCGGUUCUGCUGCAGCAGUAAAGGUUUAUGAAGAGAAAAUUUUGGUUAUAAUGGCUGGUGAUGAGAAACCGACUUUCUUGGCCACGCCUGUAUGCAGAAUCGAUUAUGGCAAACAGAUGAUCGUUAAGAAAGAAAGGGAGAAAGUGAAAGAAAUGGCUGAUGAACACGAACCAACAUUGACAUCUUCUCAUGAAGAAAACAACAGAGAGAAUCAAGAACAAAUCCUGUAACCACAGAGAGAAGAUCCCAUUAAACCACUGCCUGCACAUAGUUUGAAGGUUAAAAUAACUAGAAUGAAACGCUAUAAAAAAUUGAAGAAAAAUUAUAAAUACAUAUGGUUGAUGCGGUGUUUAGCUCGAAUCAAACUUGAGCUGGGUAACUCUAGCUCAAGAUUGAAUCAAAGAUGGUUCAAAUCCAACAAAUCGUUAACUGACAA